UUCAAUGAAUGGUGAGGUCGGUGAGAAGAAAAACGGCAUCGUCUUGCAAACACGACGUCGUACGCUGCACUUCAUCUUCUUCAUUGCUCUCUUGAUUCUUCCUUCAAUUUAACGCAGUGUUUUUUCAAAACCUAAAACAAGACAAAGGAAAGGUUUUUCUAUGUCUCGGCUGCAACUUCCAGUUGUUGUUAGUGGUUCAUCACUUCAUAUACUCUGAUUUUUCCUUUUCCUUUCUCCAUUUUUCUCUUCUUUGAUCUUUGAUUACAAAUCCCGAUCUCUGCUUUUGGCGAUCUUCAUCGGAUUCAAGAUUUUUGUUAAGAGGGUAUACGUUUAAUUUCACACAUGCAAACCGAGGCUAGGGUUAGUGUGAUGAUGGAAGGAGGGCAAAGAGCUCUCAGUUCUGCUCAUGGUGGGGUGGUUUCUGUUGAGGGAGGUGCCAGAAAUUUCGCUUCUAAAAAGCAACAGUCGCUUCAGCAAUCGCAGAUUGGCACGGUGUCGCAGCUUCUCUCUGGAGGUGUCGCCGGUGCUUUUAGUAAGACCUGCACCGCACCACUGGCUCGACUUACCAUUCUCUUUCAGGUGCAAGGGAUGCACUCUGAUGUAGCAUUGCUGAAGAAAGCCAGCAUAUGGCAUGAGGCUUCACGAAUUAUUCACGAGGAGGGAAUAAGAGCUUUCUGGAAAGGAAAUCUUGUUACAAUUGCUCAUCGUCUACCUUAUUCCUCUAUCAAUUUCUAUGCAUAUGAACACUACAAAAAGUUACUUCACAUGGUCCCAAGUCUUGAACAUCGAAGGGAUCGCAUGAGUGCAGACCUUUUAGUUCACUUCCUUGGUGGUGGCUUGGCAGGAAUUACGGCAGCAUCAACUACAUAUCCACUAGACCUCGUAAGGACGCGCCUUGCUGCUCAGACGAACGUGAUCUAUUACAAAGGUAUUUGGCAUACUCUGAGAACAAUUUGUAGAGACGAGGGUUUUCUAGGUCUUUACAAGGGACUUGGAGCAACAAUACUGGGUGUUGGUCCCAACAUAGCUAUCAGCUUUUCCGUGUAUGAAAGCUUGAGGUCUUUCUGGCAGUCCCGUAGGCCUCAUGAUUCUACGGUUUUGGUUAGUCUGACCUGUGGUAGUCUAUCGGGCAUUGCAUCCUCUACAGAGAAACAGGCUGUGGUGCAGGCUCUGCACCAAAGUAUUUAACCAGACUGACCCUAGAGACAGACCACCAGACUGGAGUUGUAUUUUGUAUGGCAUUAUGAAAAUUUUAGUAAGGAAAUUGAUAAAAAUAAUUCCAUAUUACCACCUUAAUUUUUUCUCAUCUUAACUUCUAAAAUUUUUUCUUAAAAUUGGUUUUAGUAGCAAUCUCUCCAAGCAUUACAUAUUCUAGAAUAUCAUUUUCAGGUGUGAGAGGUGCCCCAUCUGAGGUAUGCUUCUCACUUGGGCUCUCUUUUACAUUUGUUAAAUGGAUUUUUCAAUCCUUGAAGCCUCAGUAGUUCAUCGUCUUAGUCUCUUUGACAACUUUGUCAUGGUUGAUUGGUAUGUUUAUGAAACUAGACCAAUUCUAACUAUGCCUGAGUCAUCUUGUGGAAACUUAGUGCUGAUGAUGCAAAUGUGCCAGCAUUAUGGUGCAUUUUGCUCCAUUUCUAAUUUAAAAGUGCUCUUUUCAUAGGUCUAAAAUUGAGCAUAUCAAAAUGAUAAAACUACUGACCAGCUUCAGAUAUUAAAAUAGUACAUAACAUAUUGUUUUGUAUUAAACAAAAAAUCAAACAUCAGUGUUCACAUACCCCAAUGUGCUUUCCAGCAGCUUUUCUCUGUUGUGUGAUGUUUGCUUAAAUGCGAUCGCCUGUUUCAACUUUGUGCUACUGAUGUCUUUACUGUGAAGUGAAGGUCAUCUCUAUCUGCUUGUUUAACUGUACAGCUCGGUUUAUAUUAUGUUACCCACUAUAAUUUGCAGCCACCUUCCCCUUGGAUCUCGUGAGGAGGCGAAAGCAAUUGGAAGGAGCCGGUGGCCGAGCUCGGGUGUAUACAACAGGCCUUGUCGGUGUAUUCAGGCACAUAUUGAGGACAGAAGGCUUCCGUGGUUUCUACCGAGGGAUU